AUGCACAUUAGUUACAAUGAUAUUGCUUUGAUUAUUGUUCCUGAUCAGGUAGGGGAGCAGGGUGCUCUCAAAAUGAGUAUGACCAAACAUGACCAAACAGAAGCUGCUUUGCAUGGUAGCUUGCGUUCUCAGUUGUCAGAGCGCUCAAAAGUUUUGAACCAAUGUUCGACUCUCGAAAUCGAUGACACCUCUAACAAGUCACCGCCGCCCCCUGUGGCCGAAGUAAUAGUUGGAGUGCAAGUUUUUGGGGCUGCCGUGUCCCAGGUGGAGGCUUGGGCCAUCGACAACGACUACGACGACACCGACGACGUCUCCAACAACGCGCGCGUAUUUUUUACAAAGGAUGACGGGGGGAGUGAUACCGGCCUGGAAGGGAUAGUAUGA